AUGUCUUUGUCCGAAAGAGACGAGGAAACUACCUUUAUCCCUCCACAGCCAUUGGUGUCUGACGCCGAGAACAAUAGACGAUACAUAUUACACUUAUCUGACAAUGAGGAUGGCGAAGUCGACCCUAUCGAAAAGAUGUACGGUCCCUUUGAGGACGCCCUGGACACAGUGCCGCCUUAUCCAAAACCCUACGCGAGACUCGCAAAAACAGCAGAGAGGAUUCGUGAGGAAGAGAUUCUAAAGUUGAGAGAAGCCAUUCGAGACAUGGAACAACAAAGGGCGCAGAAUAUGGAGAGAAAGAAGCUCAAGGAAAUCGAAAAGGAGUGGAAAGCAGUAGAAGGAAGCCGUCUGAGACGCACUCGUAUAUCAUUUGCCGAGAAUAGGGAAAGAUUGAAGGCCUUGUCAGAGCCAAUUGUGAUUGAAAGUGAUACGGAUGAUGCCAUGGAAGUAGAGGCCGUUACUGAUUCUGUUGCGGUGGCAGAAUCAAGCGAGAUACAAGAGAGUGAACAAUCAGCACACUUUGUAUCCUCAGCUGAAGACGAGAUGCAGCUUACAACCGAUAACAAUGAGGACUCUGAUAAUGACUCUUUCCAGACAGCUCAAGAUGCGGUUGAAGACAUUGAUCCCGAAAUGCAAAUGAUGAAGGACGACGCAGCAAAGAUUGAAAAGGAAGUGCACGAUCUGAACAAGGAAAUGGAGGCACGCGUAAAGCAAAAAGAAGAUAUCAAGUUGAAGUUGUUGGGAAUCAAGGUCAAGAUAUCGAUUGAAAAGAAUAGAAAGGAGCUGACAGGGAAACGAGCAGCGACGCAGGCAUCAUCUUCUCCACCGCCCAAGUUGGGUAUGAAGCGUGCAUUUACAGACGAAAACUAUCAAACUGAUCAACAUCCAUGGAGGCCGGCUCAACCUGCUAAUAACACACCUUUGGUUCCUACUCAACCCAUGGCAUUCUCACAGCAAAUACCACCGCUCAUGCAACAGCACUUUGCGCAUCCACCGCCCACACUUGUGCCAAUACCACAGCAACCUGUACCUUACCACACCGGCUAUGAUGCGACAUACAUGAACGGCCUAUCUCCACCUCCACCGCCGCCCAAUACCAUGCCACCUCCAUAUAUACCACCUCCACCCCCACCUCCACUCUCGGAUACCAUGUCAUCUGCAUAUCCGCUGAGCUACAGUAACCACAAGCGAUUCAAGCGAAAUAACGCCAAUACCACCAACAAGGGGAGUCGACAUAAGGAUGCAUGGCACACAACACCCAAACGAUUCACUGCUGCUGCUGCUGCUGCUGCCGUAGCAUCACCUUAUGCUGAUUUGAAUUCACCUAUUUCUCGCAUGGAAAACGCAGAUGAAGUGCAAAAUGCGCUUGCUCAUCUCAGUGAUUCAAUUAGUGUGCGAGUUUUUGGUGAUAAAAAGCACAAUGCCUAUUCUGCACAUGUAGAACGAAACUUACCCCGUAUUCGACGUUUGGUCACUCAAGGCAAACGUACCUUUGCAGCACCUGUUAAUGAGGCUCUUCCAGGGAACAAGACCAACAACCACCUUGUGUUUCUUUCGCCAGCCGGCUUACCUGCACAAUUGCAAAUAACCGAUGCAAGCCAUGAAAGUCCAUUUCUUGGCUUACUGUACAGGAGAUAUCAAGAAAAACCUUUCCACAGCACCAUGGAGUUUACAGUCCCCUCCAUCUUUUCAUGGAUUCCUCAGGAUGUCGACCUAAGCACGCUGUAUUCGAAUGAAUUUGAAGGCAUCCCCUUGUACGCUGAUAAACUGACAGAGACGUACAACAUGGUGUGUGAUUUGUCCAGCGCUUACCCAGGUACCGAGUUCUUGGGCGCUUUGAAAUUGGAGUUGUCCAUGUAUGUCAAUGGCCGAGAAAGCGAAACGUUCAUGCGUGAUUGUCAAGAUUGUGUGGCGCAAUACAAGGAUUCUAUUGAUGUGUUUUGGCAAAUCGUGUUGGCUGAACCAGACAGAUCAAAGCAAAUCUCACUCAUUCAAAACCAUUUAAAGUCCAUCAAGGUGUCCUCUGAUACUGUGACCAUGGUGAUUUCUGAAAAGACGACUGAGAUACUGAUCCGAACGCUGCGUUUAUUUGGACUGGGCCAAGUACUCAAUCUCGUUUCUGACGGCAAGAUUACCCGCAUAGAUGAAUCAGAAGGUGGUAUUGUUUUAUUAGAUCAGAUUCAAUAUGUAAAUGAUGAUGGCAAGUAUUUUAUUUGUAUGUCUAUUUUACACUAUUAUGUGACACACACCUUGCCUGAGGAUGUGUGUGAUAUUUGGAUAAGUACGCUUGUCAAAGAUGGAAGUCCAUCUCGAGAAAAGCCCUUGUUCACCAUUGACUGGGCAAACGCGCUCAAGAAACACCCAGUGGAUGGACCAACGCUUCGUGGCGCGACCAACAUGCUUCUGUCCAUGCUUCGAUACUUUGGAAAUGUAGCAAUAGGCAAUGUGAAUAAGAAACCAUUGUUGAUCGGUGUACUAAGUACCUUGUUUUCAUUUCUAAGUUGUACGAAAUGUUAUGAUCUCAUUGGAACAUUGGUGUUGACCCAAGUGCUGGAUUCUUCAGAUCUCGCUCGAGAUGUUGAAGACAUCAAACUGGACCUCAAAAGUAAGACGGAUACAUAA